CCCAGUAUCCUCCUCCCACCCCUUCCCGGCUGUAUCUUAUUCGGCUACGCAUGAUCACGACGAGCCUUUUAAAAUAAAGCGGAGACGGCUGCAUGGGCAGGGAGGGAGACGGAGUUGCGUGUUUUGUCAGCCCUCAUUCUCCUCAGCGGGCUCCUCCGUUGUCAAAAUAAAGCGCGCAUGGAGGACGAAAGGAUGGAGCGGAUGGAGUCCAUGGAACCGAUCUCGGCGCACUACACCACGGCGUACCCGGAGAUCCAACCCGACAGCGCGUACGAAUCCAAAGAGACCACCGACGGCCAGCCGAAGUCUCCCCCGGCUCCGAUUUACGACGAAGACUUCGUACACAAGACAAUCUUGGUCGGGGACAGUGGAGUUGGAAAGACGUCACUGUUGGUGCAGUUUGAUCAGGGGAAGUUCAUCCCUGGUUCCUUUUCUGCUACAGUGGGCAUUGGAUUCACGAAUAAAGUGGUGACUGUUGACGACGUAAAGGUCAGACUACAGAUUUGGGACACAGCCGGGCAGGAAAGGUUCAGGAGUGUGACACAUGCGUAUUACAGAGAUGCACACGCAUUGCUCCUCCUGUACGACAUCACCAGCAAAACCUCCUUUGACAACAUAAGGGCAUGGUUAACAGAGAUCCACGAGUACGCACAGAGCGACGUAGUCAUCAUGUUGCUGGGCAACAAGACUGACAUGAACAGUGACCGAGCCAUCAGGAGAGACGAAGGAGAGAGGCUUGCCAGAGAGUACUCGGUCCCUUUCAUGGAGACAAGUGCCAAGACGGGGGUGAACGUAGAGCUGGCCUUCACCGCUGUUUCCAAGGAACUGAAGCACCGGGCCAUCCAGCAUCCCAAUGAGCCCAAGUUCCAGAUUCAUGAAUACAUUGAAGCACAAAAGGAGAAGUCGGGCUGCUGCAGCUACUUCUAAAUCUCCUCUUCUGAGCCGUCCUUCUACUACUCUGGUACUCAGAGGGACUAAGCCCAAUUAACUCAAUGCUGCUCGCAAAACAUGAUGCUGCCAUUUAUUUGAAAAGCCAAAAGAACAAACCGAGCUACCACAAAAAGCAAGGUUUUUAUUUGGUCAACUACAACGUUAACACAGACAAUAAAUAUUUUAUCAAAAGUUCUUUUAUUGUUAAAUAAAGUUGAAUGCCUUCUGCAGUGUUUGCAUCCAAACCAUUCUUGUGUAUGCCUGUUAAGGCAUUAAAUUGGGAUGCCUGUGUACCAAUACACAAGAAUGGUUUAGGUAUCUGCCAUACCUACCGACUGGCUACGGUGGUGUCGGGACCUGGUUAGCCUACGUUAGCAUGAAUGCUAAAGGAAACAGCUAGGCUACCUCUGUCUGAAAUGCAUGUUCUUUUCUGCCAUACCUACCGAGCACUUAAUGCACAGGCAAUCAUAAUUUGAAAUUACAUUAGUUGUAAACCUUUUAAAACAAAAACUACAUAUGUAUUUUUUUAAACAUUUUUUUUAUUUUUUUGCGCUGCUUGAUUGCGUCCGCAGCUCAUGCUAACAUUUGCUACUUACCAAUAAAUGCUAUUACUACAAUAAUAAUAAUACAACAUGAUACAACAUGUUACAAGAAAUGUCAACCCAUUGUUGCACUCCCGCCUGAAACUUUUUACCAAAUGUAGGGACAUGAGCCUGCUAUUGAUCUUCUCAUCUGAUUAAUUCUAUCAUUCCUUGUUCGAAUCAUUUUUAUUUGCCUCAUCAGACUCUGACUAUACAAGAAAAUAUUUAUUCUGCCUUUAAUUUAUUUGCUGAUGGAAGUACAAGAUGUAAUACACCAGUUUGCCAAUGUGGAAUAAACUUAAAAACACCCACACACCCCUGACAUAAGCGAGACAACGGCACACCCUCAGAGCGGAAUUACUUCUGUAAAAAUCCACAUUGCUACAACCUUUUAUGUAAGCCUCUGCGAUCCAGACAAAGGCUACACACUGUGUUGUGGAUGCAAUUCAAACAAAAGCCCCGUCUGUUCGCAACCCGGUCAGACAAGUUGAAGUGACUGCCGGCUGUCAUGAACGCUUCGCUGACUCAUGAGAAGCUCCAGCGCACAGCUGGGGGUCUAAUGUGAAGGCUGUUAUCACAACUCUAUUUGUGAACACGCAGAGGAAUGCAAAUGUUUUGGUCACCGGAUACAUGUCUCUAGAGGAGGAUCCUCGCAGAAAACCAAAUGUCACACAUGAGCUACUUGACAACUAUCAGAUUUUCAAUUUGGUCCUUUAUAUAGGAAAUACCUAUGUACAUAAUCUCUUUAUGAGUGAAUCAAGUUCUUUUUUGUUGCAAAAAAGUAUGUAACUUUCAUCUUCUUUUAUUGCUUGAUUAUGGAUUUUAAACUUGAGUUGAAUGUUUACUGUAUUGCACGUACCAAACCUAUAGGCUGAGGCUCUAGAACAUAUUAAUCUCUGUUUCAUAUUUGGAUAAGGACCAACAAAAAUGCCAGACAAAAGAUUUUCCUCACAUUUGAACUCAACACUCAGGGUUAAAUUUUGAUUUAAAACAGGUCUUGUAUAUGAAUCCCCAUCAUUAACACCUUAAAAGCUGCAUUAAUGUAAAGUUUUAUUGGCCACUUAUUGCUACAUUCAUUUAGAGGUAUGUGUCUUAUCUCUGUUUUGGUCUCCACCAACUCUUGAGUAGAAUGUCUCGCUAUUUAGCUGCUCAAUGCUACUCUACUCUUAUCAGCCAUCCAAACCAAUUACUUAGAGGACGCUGAAAAGCUACAUGAGCCAAGGGGAACGAGGAGUUGGUAGAAAAUCAAUUGGUAAGAUAAAAUCAACCAACAGUGCGGCUUUGAGAAACUAAUGAAAACAACAGCUCUGAGUUCAGGUUUUUACUUUGACACAAGCGUCUUAUAUUUUGUUUGCAGUAUAAAAUGCUCUUAAAAUGUUUCUUUUAGGCAAAAUGUUGUUGUAAAAAUUCUCAAGUCUGACUCAGAUCAUAAUCCCAUUGGGAUUGCCUUUUGAUCUUGUACACAUUUAACAGUUGCUUCUGGUCAAACCACGCUGCCAAAAGUUGUCUUUGAUCUGUGGUAUGCUGCAUAUGAAAUAAACUAUUUUUACGUUA